UUUUCUGUUCUUAUUGUUAGAAAAAUGUGUGUAUGAUACGUGAAGUGAGGCCUUCGCGAUUCAUUGUUCAGCGUGUGUCUGUUUUUCGGCAUGCAGCCAUACGUCGUGUCGCCAAAGAGCGAUUCUUUUGUGCAAAUGAAGUGAGGUUCAUGGAAACGUGUUGUGAUGGAGAACCAAUUGAGCUCGACUGCUAGUGUUCCCAGAGACUUAAUGUCCCUGACUGAUGAAAACGCGGAAGCUUUCGACGCAGGACGUGAUUUAAAGCUCUUGUGUGGAGGGAAUGAUCGACUGGGUAUCGCACCUCCAUCCCGCUCGCCAUCGUCGAGUCCGUCGGGUUCGAGUUCAGACACGGGUGACAAUGACGACGUCGAUGACGGUGACUACACUGCCGACGACCUGACGAGUUUGCAGCGUGAAGACAAACUAUGGCUCCGUCUGGCUACGGGUGAAGAAAGACGUCAGCUGCUUGGCACGGAAGAAGAGUCCUCGGACCGUCAUUCGUCAGCCGGGGAAGAAGAGGAGGAGAAUGUGUGGAGAAUCAGCGGCGAGCAACAAUGUUAUUAUGAAGAGCAGUUUGGGAAGUUGAGGCGUGACCAGGACGGGUACUUAUCGGGGCAAGAAGCGAGAAGGUUUUUCGAGAAAUCUGGGCUGCCGAUUGCCGAUCUUUCUUCGAUUUGGCAACUAGCGGAUGUGACGCAGGAUGGAAGGUUGGAUAAAGCGGAAUUUUUCACGGCCAUGCACCUGACUGUACUCAAACGCCAUAAAAUCGAAGUACCUGAAGUUCUUCCUCCUUGUCUUCAUCCAUCCCGAAUCCUGACGACUGAAGAUCCAAGGAUUAAGCAUCCAAAAGCAGUUCGUCUCACGCCGGAGAUGGUUUUUGCGGGAGUGGAGAAACAGAACAAUAUCAUACCGGACGGAGUGAUGCAUUUGCAUACGCAACGAAUCCGCGUGGACGCGUCCGAGAUCAAAGGCAUUCAAAGGCCGACGCCGAGAAAAACGAGACCUGAUGUCCGGCAAGGCGGCGUCGUUGUUGUUCCUAGUAUUCCGCCGCCCGUCGGCGAUGACUGUAUUGGUCCGGCGAGUUUACCUCCAAACUUCAUAGCAGCUCCUCCUCCACCGCCACCGGUGGCUCACGUGCACCAGAAAGUGCCCCACGUGGGCGGAAUGCCGCCACCGCCGCCACCUCGAGUGCCCGUGAGGUCACAUCACGCUCGUUCUUCCUCGCUGGACUUGAACAAAUUAGAUAUGGAUAGCCCACCUGGACAACCGCCUGCUGUUCCACCCCGAUCUUCGCCUGCUCCAGCGGUGAAGCCUAGGGGACAUACGUUGACUGGUGCGACUGAUGCAAGUGGGUUGUCGGCUUUGAUGACAUCUUCGUUGGUGAUCAAUGAUGCGAGACCUUCGGCCUUCCGGGAAUACAAAAGACCCGGAUCAGGCUUUUGCGUGCAUUUCACGGCCAUGCACCUGACUGUACUCAAACGCCAUAAAAUCGAAGUACCUGAAGUUCUUCCUCCUUGUCUUCAUCCAUCCCGAAUCCUGACGACUGAAGAUCCAAGGAUUAAGCAUCCAAAAGCAGUUCGUCUCACGCCGGAGAUGGUUUUUGCGGGAGUGGAGAAACAGAACAAUAUCAUACCGGACGGAGUGAUGCAUUUGCAUACGCAACGAAUCCGCGUGGACGCGUCCGAGAUCAAAGGCAUUCAAAGGCCGACGCCGAGAAAAACGAGACCUGAUGUCCGGCAAGGCGGCGUCGUUGUUGUUCCUAGUAUUCCGCCGCCCGUCGGCGAUGACUGUAUUGGUCCGGCGAGUUUACCUCCAAACUUCAUAGCAGCUCCUCCUCCACCGCCACCGGUGGCUCACGUGCACCAGAAAGUGCCCCACGUGGGCGGAAUGCCGCCACCGCCGCCACCUCGAGUGCCCGUGAGGUCACAUCACGCUCGUUCUUCCUCGCUGGACUUGAACAAAUUAGAUAUGGAUAGCCCACCUGGACAACCGCCUGCUGUUCCACCCCGAUCUUCGCCUGCUCCAGCGGUGAAGCCUAGGGGACAUACGUUGACUGGUGCGAGUGAUGCAAGUGGGUUGUCGGCUUUGAUGACAUCUUCGUUGGUGAUCAAUGAUGCGAGACCUUCGGCCUUCCGGGAAUACAAAAGACCCGGAUCAGAUGAAGAGGGAGGAGAGCCCGGAGCAGCGUGGACUCGCAGUUUGUGUGUUCUAAACUGGGAAGAUGAAAGAAAAGAUAUGAAGGAGCGUGUGGCUGCUUUGUUAGCAAGAAUACCCUUGCAAAACUCAGAGGCGACGCGAGAGGAAGUGAGUGCAGCUGUGAAAUGGCUGCAAGAACGAAGACAAACGAUCAAUGCUGAGAUUGCGGAGCUCCAGUCAGAUUUAACGUUUCUCGUGGCUUCUCGGCAAGUGAUGGAACAGUCGUCUGGUGGAACUUCCGAACACUGAUCUUCCUCUUUCGAAACGAAUCUUUUUCUCGAAUCCGAUUUUCUCCUCAUCCGACAGCUUUUCCUGUUCAUUUUGAUUCCGCACGAGUGCUUUUGAGUGCCUCACCCAGAUUUAAGGUGAUUUUUAUUUGCAAGGAGUUAGUGUCACGCGGGGAAAGGAAGGAAGAAAUCCAGAACCCUGCGGUUUCGUGCUUGGAUGACAUAUCAGGUCCAUUCUGUCACAUGUGAGACUUGACUGGUGUAUUUUUUCAAUUUCAAUUGAGAAUUUUUGCGAAGAACUGAUUUCUAUUUUGUUAAACUGAUAUUUUAACGAUUUAACCGUGAGCUGAGAACUGAAAGUAUUAAAGUUAACAUCCUGAUGCUUGUACUCAAGAAAACCAUUGGCUUUUUAAUUGCAAUUAAAUUUGACAUUCAUGUCAUGUUCUGAUGUUUAUAAUUUACUUUUACAUAUUGAUGAAUGGCUUUUUGAUAAAAGUAUGUUUUUCCUAGUCCAGUAAAAAGGUUUAUCGAGUGUAAGUGAACUAACGACCUAAGUUGUACCUUUGUAUCCUAGCCUGAGUCAGACAUUUUUACAGAAUAUUUUCCACCUGAGGAAAGGGCGUUCAAUUAUUUAUUUUUUAAAGAGAUGUGUUCGGAGUGAUUAACCAGGAUUUAUUAUGAAGAUUUUCAUUUUAUAGAGGACUAUGGUUAGUGCUGUAAUGAGUGAAUUGAUGGUUAAAUUAAAUUAGUGCUCGUGAAUUUCAGCCUGCUUGAACGAUAUUUUGCUCCUUUUCGGAAUGCUUUUCCUAGUAUUUCUCCUAAUUUAAAAUAUUGUUAUUUUUCAAGUGAAAGAACUGAUGAUCGAAGUAUUUUCUGAUGCUGAAUUAGUAAGCGUCAGAAAUAAAAUAGAUUUUGUUGCAUUGUUCUAAAGCUUAAUACGAUUGAGCGUAUCUCAGGAAAUUUAAUCAUAAUAAUGACCGACGAAGUGAGUGGUUCAAGAUUGCUUGCAGAACCAGAGGCUUUUUUAUCGAUUCGAAAGGUUGGGUUCUGGAAAUUUUCAUUCCUUUUCUUUAGUUGACCGAACCGACUUGCUUUCGGGUCCUGCACAAAACGCAGUUCCGCAGGGGGUGCUUGUGAGGUGCAUAUGGAAGUGUGUAGGUGCAGGCUGUGAUUGAAUCCUGUUCCGGCUGGACGAUGUAUCUUUUGUCCCUCACUCUCGCAUGAAAAAUUAUCAAGUACCAAGAAUAUAAUCGCGUAUUGGACGCAUGCUAUCAUUUCGAUAA